AGAAACGAGGCUACAAGUUUCCUGUUACGCCGAACACUCGUUCACUUUGUUCAAGUCUGUCGCCGGAAUAGCAUAGACUUUGUGAUUUCUCAUUCAAUUUGUUCGAGACUCGUAUAAAACAAGAUGGGCAAGGAAAAGAUUCACAUCAACAUUGUCGUGAUUGGACACGUCGACUCCGGCAAGUCCACCACCACCGGUCACUUGAUCUACAAGUGCGGUGGUAUCGACAAGCGUACCAUUGAGAAGUUCGAGAAGGAAGCCCAGGAGAUGGGCAAGGGCUCGUUCAAGUACGCAUGGGUUUUGGAUAAAUUGAAGGCCGAGCGUGAGCGUGGUAUCACCAUUGAUAUCGCUCUGUGGAAGUUCGAGACUGCCAAGUACUACGUGACCAUCAUCGAUGCUCCUGGCCACAGAGAUUUCAUCAAGAACAUGAUCACUGGUACCUCCCAGGCCGAUUGUGCUGUCUUGAUUGUUGCUGCUGGUACUGGUGAGUUCGAGGCCGGUAUUUCCAAGAACGGUCAGACUCGCGAGCACGCUCUGCUUGCUUUCACCCUGGGUGUCAAGCAGCUGAUUGUUGGUGUCAACAAGAUGGAUUCAUCUGAGCCACCAUACAGCGAGGCUCGUUAUGAGGAAAUCAAGAAGGAAGUGUCUUCGUACAUCAAGAAGAUCGGCUACAACCCGGCGGCUGUUGCCUUUGUGCCCAUCUCCGGAUGGCACGGCGACAACAUGUUGGAACCAUCGACCAACAUGCCCUGGUUCAAGGGAUGGAAGGUGGAGCGCAAGGAGGGUAAUGCUGAAGGCAAGACCCUCAUCGAUGCCCUCGAUGCUAUCCUGCCCCCCUCCCGCCCAACCGAGAAGCCCCUGCGUCUGCCCCUGCAGGAUGUCUACAAAAUUGGCGGUAUCGGAACAGUACCCGUCGGUCGUGUGGAGACUGGUGUCUUGAAGCCCGGCUGCGUUGUUGUGUUCGCCCCAGCUAACAUCACCACUGAGGUUAAGUCCGUGGAGAUGCACCACGAAGCCCUCACCGAGGCCGUUCCCGGUGACAACGUUGGUUUCAACGUUAAGAACGUCUCCGUUAAGGAGCUGCGUCGUGGCUAUGUUGCCGGUGACUCCAAGGCCAGCCCUCCCAGGGGUGCCGCCGAUUUCACCGCUCAGGUCAUCGUGUUGAACCACCCUGGCCAGAUUGCCAACGGCUACACUCCAGUGUUGGAUUGCCACACCGCUCAUAUUGCUUGCAAGUUCGCUGAGAUCAAGGAGAAGGUCGACCGUCGUUCCGGCAAGACCACUGAGGAGAACCCCAAGUUCAUCAAGUCUGGUGAUGCUGCCAUCGUCAACUUGGUGCCCUCCAAGCCUCUGUGCGUUGAGUCCUUCCAGGAGUUCCCUCCUCUAGGUCGUUUCGCUGUCCGUGACAUGAGACAGACUGUCGCUGUCGGUGUCAUCAAGGCUGUCAACUUCAAGGAUGCUUCCGGUGGCAAGGUCACCAAGGCCGCCGAGAAGGCCACCAAGGGCAAGAAGUAGCUGGUUUCUAUCAAUAAUAACAACAUUAUGAUGAAGCAGCAGCCAGAACUCAACAGCAGCAACAACAAUAGCAACAACAGCAGCAGUAACAACAACAACAAUGAUAAGCACAACAGUAGUCGAACACAAACACCUGUCCUGGGCAAGAUGAAUGAUAAGAUGAUGUUCCAGCAAAAGCAAAAAUUUAAUUUUUUCCAUCGUAAAGAAUUUCGUCGGAUACGAAUGUUAAACGCCAUCGCCGCCUAGACGAUUGAGUGGGAAAAUGGAGCACACACACCCAAUUGCAGAUUUGAAGAAACAAAAUUAAAUUUUUACCCUCAAUCUUAAGUUUACCUACCACAUAAAUAUAUAUAUGAUAUUAUAGUAAAUUGAUUUUAUAAUGAUAUCAUAUUUUUUCAUAGUUCGUAUAUAAUUUGUGUAGCAGCAGUAGCGCAGGCGUAUAGCAUUUAUAUAUCGUGUAUUCGUUAAAAUUAAAAUUUUGAUUUUUUAUAU